AUGAAAUUAUUUAUCUUUUUACUGUUUGCUCAAAAAUGUGUUGCUUUCGACAUCCCUAGUUCGAUUUGCAAAUCAGAUUUGAACAUAGACAACAACCAUUAUAAUAUAUCAACCACUUACCACAUUGAUGAUGCAUAUCCAACUGACGCACACUACGAUGAACGUGGAAACCUAUUUUUUGUUGAAGCUGGCCAAAAUUCAAAUGGGUAUAAUUUUAAUGCAAAGAUAAUCGAACAUAACUCAACGACACCGCAAAAAAUUCCUGGUCUUCCUAGUGGUAUAACCUACUCAAUUGCCAUAGACAAAAAUAAUGGGAAAGUAUAUUUUAGCACGGGCGAAGGCAUUUUUGCAUAUAACUAUGAUGCCCAUAAUGCCACAUUAGUCUCAGAACCAAAUACAAAAUUUAACAUGAUAUUUGUUGAUAAAGAGGGUAAUAAAUAUGUCACUGAAAAUGUUGAUGGAAUUGAAGAAGUAUACCUCCUGGUAGGUGAAAGCAAAAUCCAUUUUAAAAGUCUUGAAGCAUUAGAAGAAAUGGCUAUAGACAGUAAAAACAACUUUUAUUUUAUUAAACAAGAAAAAUUGUUUGUUUUAAAAUCCACCCAAUCAUCUCCAACCCUAAUUGGCAGUGUACCUUAUGAUGGAGUUGCACAGAUAUCAUUUUACAAUGAGCGAGUGUUUAUAGCUAGCAAAAAUUUCACUUAUUUUCAUGAAAAUGAUACAAAAUUCAUGCGAGUUAUAGGAAAUGUGACAGAAAAAGUUUCAGCCAUUGCUUUUGACAAUGAUGGAAAUUUCAUUCUUGGAGUAUGUGGAAAACUGUUACAAUACAAGAAACAUCAGUGUUAA